UCUAUCGGGUGCUACAGAACGGAAGAACGUUGUCCCAUGACCGAACGGUUGCACAAGUUACAUAACAUAGGGCGGACUACCCUCGCUCACCUAGACCAACACCAAUCUCACAACUGCGGUGAACCAGAUCACCAGCUAACAAUAGACAGAUACACCUUACUGGCACUUCGUGAAACGACCAACAAUGGAGUCCCUGCCACCAAAAGAAUACGAUCCGGAACACCUGCACAUAUUCCCGAGCUCUUUCGAGGUUACUAAUGAAAUAAAAUUGAUGGCCGAAAAGCCGGACGAGAACAAAGAAGCUAAAUUCGCUCGUUAUGUUGUCAGCCUUUCUAAUAUGAAAUUCGCAUCAGAUUACGAGCAAAACCGAUUCUUCAAUAAUCUCCCUUACGCCAAUUACAUCAUGGAUUACUUCGGCUUCAUGUACUCCGGAACCCGAUCGGAUUGGCAGGAAACGAUCAAGAAGGCCAUUCGCACACAAAAGCCUAUUGACACAAUCUACCUCGUUGUCACAAACUUCGAGAAGGCUGCUAAGUACAUCAAAGUCAGCGCUAAAGUGGAUACCAAGACCCUGUUUUUCAGUGCCCCAAGUAGCCCCCACGAAUGCUUGAAGGACUUGGAGCUCAUCAAUCGUGCUUGCCACCCCGAGUUGCGUGAUGAGGACAUAGAAAAGUUAGAUUGUCCGUCCUGGGCUAGAGGCAGACAAAGCUUCAUGAAGCAAGUUCACGGCCGCUACGAGGAUCUACUUACAGAACUCGUGAUUGAGGAACGCGUCCAGAAGCUGCAUGAGAGAAACCGGAAAAAGCUGGUAAACACGCUCUAA